AUGGGUCCACUGGAGAUAAACAUCCUUGGUGGCUCCUACACCUUUCUGUGCACUGCCUCUGGCUACCCCAAACCAACUAUCAAGUGGUUCAAAGGGAACCAGCCCUUCAACCCCAAUGUUACUAUUAUUAUCAUUAUUGUUGUUAUUAUUAUUAUUAUUCCUAUUACGGACGACGGCAACUACACGUGUGUGGUCAGCAACGAAUUCGGCAGCAUCCAAUCUUGGAAAACUCUCGACGUUAUCAUACGUUACAACAGCCCGCCAAUCAUCUUAAAGGGACCUAGGAACACCACCGUCCAGGUGGGUAGCAACGUCACCCUGCCCUGUGACGUCUUGAGUGAUGGGGUUGUCCAUGUCCGCUGGCUCAAACACAUCAUAGUCGGUAGUGACAAUGUGAGUGUGGCUGGCGCCGGUGCGGCCAAUAGUGGUAGUGGCAGUGGAGAUAAAAUGGAUGUGGGCCUCCACAUAUUCAACAUCACCCCAAACGACACUGCCAUGUACACUUGCGAGGCCCACAACCCCCUUGGUACCACGUCCAGUUUUGGCUUCCUUACUGUCAUCCGUAUGACAAAUUUCUAUCUUUUUAGUUAA